GUCUCAGAGUUAGUCCCUCUUCUUUUGUCAGCCCCUCCUACGUAUUCAAACGGCAUCCUCCGUUGUUGCUCUUCCGGUGUUGCGCCACGUCUAGCCCAAAGGCUCCGUCGUUGCCGCCGGCCCUUUGAUUAGCAUUCGUUGGAUCGCGCAGGCUCUGGGCAUAUUUAAAUGGGCAAAACUUUCUGACCUUUUUUUUCCCCCUCUUGUAGCCUGCAAACCGUUCCCUUGUUCAGGCAUUUCUCGCCGAUCUUCAAAAUUCCGAGACCGCUCCCGGUCACCCCGUCAGGCAAUCAACAAAGCGCACUGAAAGAGCGCCUUGGAAACCCAAACGAGCAAAUAACGAAACAAAGACUUUUCUCCAUCCUCUAUUAGCCAUCUGUGAGCCAUCUGUGUCGAUCAAGGAAUCGACCAUUUAUUGCGAUGGCCCAGCACGGCUUCACCCAGUUUGGGUCUGGCCCCAAUGCCAGCCACAUCGAUCCCAACGAGUUGGCCAUGUCGGGAACAUACUCCCCGUCUUUCGCCAACAACAACUACAAUACAAACUCCAACACAAAUGGCUUCUCGAGCGGCUCUGCCGUAUUCGACGAUGAUGAGCUGCUCGAUGGCCUCGGCUCAGGCGGUCAAUCUGGCCUUCACGGCCAGGGCCAAGACUUUCACGGCUUGAGCAUGACUUACCAGAACAACUUCCAGUCACACCGCGGUUCUGGUUUACAAAUCGACGCCGCUCAAAUGAACGGCUACUCUAAUACUCCAGAUGGGGAUCCCAUCCAGAGCCCAUAUGCAUAUGGCAACACACACUACCGCACUCUUGGAAAUCUGCAGUCGCCAUUGUCCUACUCGCAGUCCCCUCUGGCUGCCGCUGACAUGGCAGACGGAACCGAUCCCAGCUACCUCAACGCCAAAGCGAGGGCCGCCCGCAUGUCGGUUCAGAUGCAGAGGAAAGCCUCCAACACUAGAACACCAAUGACUCCCAAGACCAAUAGCAUGCACGGCAUUCCCAUCGGAAGUGCCCAUGAUUCUCCCGGCUUUGGCCCUCAGUCUCUUAGAGCAGACAAGUCGCCAUCGGGCCAAUGGCUCCAAACCCCUAGCGGAAGCAUUCCAGCCUCUUUCAAUUCUGGCUUUUCGUCUCCUAUGCAGCCAAACAUGGUGCAAAUUAACGAGGUGAUGAUGAAAGGCGGCACGUCUAUGCCAGCCAAGCUUGGGGUGGGACCUGGCGGCGCCAUGUCUACCCAGGAAAUGAAGAGGAAGCGUCGUCGUGAAUCCCACAACCUCGUUGAGCGUCGCCGCCGUGACAAUAUCAAUGAGCGGAUCCAAGAUCUCAGCAAGCUCGUCCCUUCGCACAGACUGGAAGACGAAAAAGUUCGCAAACUGAUUUCCAAUGGCACACCCCUAUCGCCCACCCUCACUGGUGUUAACGCUACCUCUGGUCUAGCCGGACCAGGCGCUCGCAGAGCCACUGGCUCUGGCGCUGGCAAUAUCACGACUGGCCUUCCGAUUGAGGACAAAGACAAGGGCCCUAACAAGGGCGACAUUCUCAACGGUGCUGUCAGCUGGACUCGAGAUCUGAUGUGGAUGCUACAUCUCAAGCUGCAGCAACAGGAAGAGCUGAUCCACACCAUCGCCGACUUGGGUGGUCAAUUGCCUUUUGAGCAAAGCGACGAUGAACGCCGCAUGCAGUCCGAGCUCAUGGAUGCCAUAGCCAGGAACAACCCGUCCACCUUUGAUUACUCCCGUACGUCUGGCAGUGGCCUUAGGGUGCCUCACCACACUGAUUACCACGGUGAGCCUACUACCCACGAUAUGGGUGCCAAUCUUGACUCAGUGGGCAUCACCCCCGAAGGAAGUGGCAGUGGUGGCAUGCCCGGCGACAUUGGAGACGGUGUACACUUCUGGGCGGACGAUGACCCCAAUGGGCCUAUCAACUUCAAGGAAGAGGACGAGUAUGAUAUGGAUCUCACUCAAUAGAUGGCUAUUCGCGGCUAAGAUGUUUUAUUUCUUACCGCGUCUAUCCACCUCCUUCUAUCAUGUGUGUUUUUGGUACCCUUUUCCUUUUUUUUUUCACACUCCGUCUGGCGAUGUUUGCUUCUGCAUUAGCAGUCAACGUCUUGGGAAGGAGGAAAUUUGCAUCACUCUGGCGUUUCAAGAAGGACAUGUCCGAGUGCCCAUACUGGCGGCGUUUUAGGUGUAAUCUAUCACACCGGCAGGGCCUCGUCCUUUUUCUUUGGAGUGAUAGGGUGUUUGCUACAGGCAACGGCUUUUUUUGGCAGGGCUUUUUAUAAAUAGGAUGGAUUGAGUCUAUUUGCUUUCCUGGUUGUUUUCCCUCACGUCUGUUUUUCUUUUUCUUUUUCUUUUUCUUUUUCUUUGUCAUAUAUUGCAUUGCGGUACUAAGGAGUUGCGAGUCUCUUCGCUAUCGACUUUUUUUUUCCCGAUACGCACAAGCCUCUCCCUGUUUUCUUUUAUAUAUAUACAUACAUACCUUUAUAGCUGCUACAGGCUGUAUUGGUAUCUACUACAACCCUUUAUGAGAUAUGUAUUUGGUUUUUGCUGGUUUUGCUUUGGCGGGCACGAUACAGAAGGGACACUCUCCUAGCGAGAUGUGUUUUCCCCCAAUAUGACUGGACUUUGGUUUUUCAUGCCCUCCUUUCUUUUCUAAUGAUGCAAGGGCUGACUCUGGUCGCGUCUUCUGGAGAAGGAAUCUCAGGGAUUUGGUUGCUUUGACUGCUGAUACACAGCCCAUCUUUCCUUUUUUUUUUUUCCGACAUUUCUUCUUUCCUUUUCUCAUGGCUUUUAUUUGGAGGAUUACAUCUAUAUACUUACUUAAUUUCUUUAACCUAUCAACAUCAUCUCUUUGUAUCCUCUUGACUGCUUUCCUGUUUCGUUUUUCUACACCGCUUCAGAUACCACUUAUGACCAAUAAAUGACUUGUAUGAGCUCUUUUUGCUACGAAAGCCCUCUCUUGUGCCCCUUUUCAACUCAUGUAACAGGUAUCCAUUAGUGUGUAUUCAAGAAUUAUAGUAACGUCCAAGUACUAGCCAUUAAUUACAUGCAAGGUCUAAACACUACCUAUCCCAGGUAGUUUC